CACACACACACUCACUCAUAGCUGAUGUCUUUCUCUUCUUCACAGUAGUAUUACUUCACUUCUUUCACGGAUCUGCUCUGUGUUUUCAGCACAUUACAGUUUGAAUGUGUUUCAGGUGAACAUGGCGGUGCUGCACAUUAUUUAUGAUCUGCUCUGUGUUUUCAGCACUUAUUACAGGUGUCCUCAGGUGAACAUGGAGAACGUCAGCUGGCUGUACAGAACCUGGGGCAGGAGACGCGCUCUGGAGUCCAUGGCUCUGCGCAUUAUGAUCUCUCUGUGUGUGCUCCUGAUCCUGUAUAUCACCACGCCAGAAAAAUAUGACAAAAUUACAUCACCGAAGAUGGUUAGUCAGGCGCAGCCUCUGGUGAUGACGACUCCUAGGUGUGAACAAAACGUGUCAUUCGCUAACAUUAAGGAAUUUUCUACCUUUCCAACUGCUAUGCAGGACUUCCUGUAUUACCGCCACUGCAGGUAUUUCCCAAUGUUGCUCACCGUUCCUAACAAGUGCACCAUUCCAAAGAGGUCAGGAGAACCCUUUAUUCUGCUGACCAUCAAAAGUUCACCGGAGAACUACGAACGGCGUUCGGUCUUGCGCAAAACGUGGGCGGCGGAGAGACUACAGAACGGGAUGUGGAUCCGCACCGUGUUCCUGACCGGCACCACCGGGACAGGCUUCAAGAAGCAGAGGUUAAACAAACUCCUGAAGCUGGAGAACACGAAGUACCAGGACAUUCUGCAGUGGGACUUCACGGAUUCUUUCUACAACCUCACUCUCAAGCAGGUCCUGUUCCUGGACUGGAUGCAGAACUGGUGUCCCACUGCAGAUUUCCUCUUUAACGGAGACGACGACGUUUUCGCCAACACGGACAACAUGGUGGAGUUCCUCAAAGAGCAGAGAGAUAACAACGGAAGCAAACACCUGUACAUCGGCCAGCUGGUCCUGACCAGCCCACCUGUUCGGAACAAAAACAGUAAAUAUUUCAUCCCGGAACUGAUCGAGAAAGCCAAAGUGUACGCUCCGUACUGCAGUGGAGGUGGCUACCUGUACUCCCGCUUCACUGCCAGGACCAUUCUCCAGAUGUCCCAGUCCAUCACCCUGAUGCCCAUUGACGACGUUUACAUGGGCAUGUGUCUGCAACGAGCCGGACUCCGACCCAUGAACCACCGUGGAGUCUUUGCCGACGGCCUCAUUAUUCCUUCUAACAAACUGGACAUUUAUGAUCCCUGCUAUUACCGUGAGAUUAUCCUCGGCCACAAAUUCUUCCCUCAUCAGAUUUUCCUUCUGUGGGAUGAAAUACAUCGGAAAGAUUUGAACUGCUCAAAGAAAGAAGUUAAUCUGUAACACUUUAUUUAUUGUACAUUUUGAUAUGCUGAGAGAGUUUAUUCUGAGCAGCACCGGUUGUUCAGGUUUGUGCAUCACUGAAAUAAUAUGAAGAGCUGGAAUCUUUAAAUGGUAAUAUACAGCACGAAGAAUUUCACUUGUCCUGAUUUCCUUUUGUUUCCUCGCUGUACCUUGUCGGGUAACUGCCCCCUCGGACUGUAUAACUUUGUAUUAUUAAACCGUCUUAACGGAACGAUUAAAGGUUAUGGAAUAUUUACGUUUACUGCAGCUGUGGGGAAAAGUUUUAUAAAGGAUUUUUAACCUAACGUGAUCUUCAUCUGAGUUAUAAUAAUAAAUAAAUACUUAUUUA